AUAGGUUUUGAAGGAAGUUUUAAAGAAGUGAAUCUUCAGUAGAAAACAUUCAUUAUUCAAAGUUUGUAUAAGAUAGAAGUGCCUUAUCAGCUUUAAGAAAACAACUAUGAGCUUCACAUUUUUAAUAAUUAUUUUUAUUUUAACAUCAUCGCCUAACUUACUUCUUCAAGUCUGCUCCAACUCAACAACUGCAGCAGCUUUAGAGGAAACAGUAAAGUCAACUUCAAUUCCUCCUAAGCAGACAUCUUACUUUUACCAAGAGCCAAAAGGACCUGGAACAUAUGAGUUUGGUUAUUAUCUAGAGGACAAACCAACAAAUAAUACUCAAUUUCGAAAUGAAACUGGAUCUUCAAAUGGAACUGUUAUUGGAUCUUAUGGGUUUUUACGAGCUGAUGGAUUAUUUACUGUCAUAAAUUAUAUCGCUGAUAUAAACGGCUACAGAAUUCGAAAGAAGAAAAUUGGCUUUAAGAAGAAUGAGCUGUUAUCACCGUCGUCUAAGAUCUCAAAUCAAGCAGCAACUUCUAAUUCUAAACCAAUAACCACAACUUCAGCUACAACCACAGAAAUUCCAGGCUUAAAUCUAACUUCUGGAACUCUACCACCAAUCCUUGUGGAUACAGUUAUGGAUAAAUUUCAAAUUGAUCUAAGUCCAGAUGCUAGUCCUGGUGAUAUUCUUCAUCCAAAUAUUUCGGAAAUUAUAAGUGGAGACCUUCCAUCGAUGAAGACCGAUAAAAAGAAAUCACAACUUGGCUUUGAUGUUGUACAAAAUUUUAUUCCAAGCAAUUUUCCUAUAGCUCCUUUUCAAUUGCCAACUGAAAUGCCAAGUAAAUUGAAGGAUGAUUGAAUUUAAUAUAAAAUUAAGUAAUUGUAAUUAAAAUAAUAGUCGAAAUAUCA